GCUCGAUGGAAGAGGCUCGGCAUCAAUAUGAAAACAAUACAGUACCCAAUUCAACGAGCAAGUCGUGAAAAAUCUAUUGAAAUAGAUUAUCCAGUGCCUAGAGCUAGACCUCCACCUCCAUCACCUUCAACGAAAUCCAUCGAAGAAAACGAGCAUGGAAAACUUUUGGAAAUUAUGGAACCUAAGAAGGACGAUAUUCGAGUAGCUGCGACGCCAAACACCCGAAAAUCGGUACCAUUGCCGACCGACGAUAAAGACAUUCAAGUGGAGCCACGACGUCCACGAAUUCAUGGGCCAAUUCUGGCGCCCUAUUCAGCCACAAUACACGAAGCGUUUGCUUUGCUUCCUGUCAAAAUAAAUAGACUAUAG